GCGGGCGCUAGGGCCAAAAGAGUGCCGUUUUUCUGUGUUGACAAUGCGGGUCAAACGACAAUGCAGAUACUCCAUAACACACUUAUACCGGGGUAGCUUCUUUUGUAAUUGUAUAUUUCUUGCUGUGUCAUCGUAAACACAAGCUUUUUAGCUGUAUAUAAUUCCUUUUUUGGGGGGCAUUUAAUUUAGCAUUAAUCCAGUUGUUCGGCUAGUUAGCUAGCUAAUGCUAUACGCUAGCCCGGUAGCUGUCAUGACCAACGUCAGCAAACUAACUUAGACCUCAGCUGUCGUCGCUUUAAACACAUCAAACCCGAAAACAUCCACUUCAUGUGGGAGUCACCUGGAGUUUAAGCUCCGCCGCAGGUCCCAAGAUGAGGAGGCUGACGAGGAAGAAGGCUCUGACUCUGAUGAAGGAGUUAGACGCUUUUCCUAAAGUUCCUGAAAGCUACGUGGAGUCCACAACCAGCGGUGGGACAGUGUCUCUGAUAGCAUUCACUUUCAUGGCUGUCCUCGCCUUGUUGGAGUUCUUUGUGUACAGACACACAUGGAUGAAGUACGAAUACGAGGUGGACAGAGACUUCAGCAGUAAACUCAGGAUAAAUGUGGACAUUACAGUGGCCAUGAGAUGCCAAUAUAUAGGAGCAGAUGUCCUCGAUCUGGCAGAGACCAUGGUUGCCUCUGAUGGAUUACAAUAUGAACCGGUCAACUUUGAGCUCCCACCACAGCAAAGAAUAUGGCACAUGACUCUUCUGCACAUCCAGGAGCGUCUGAGAGUGGAGCACGCUCUGCAGGAUGUCAUCUUCAAGGCUGCAAUAAAAGGAGCUCCUCCUGCUCAGACGAAAAGUGAGGACAGCACCGCUUCCCUGAGUGCCUGCAGGAUCCAUGGACAUCUCUAUGUCAACAAGGUGGCAGGAAAUUUCCACAUUACUGUUGGCAAGUCCAUCCCGCAUCCUCGAGGUCACGCCCAUUUAGCCGCCCUCGUCAGCCAUGACUCUUACAACUUCUCUCACCGGAUUGACCACCUGUCCUUCGGAGAGCCACUUCCUGGAAUGAUCAGCCCUCUGGACGGCACAGAGAAAAUUGCUAUUGAUUCUAACCACAUGUUUCAGUACUUCAUCACCAUUGUGCCAACCAAACUGAACACCUACAAAGUGUCUGCAGACACGCAUCAGUACUCCGUCACUGAGCGGGAACGUGUGAUAAACCAUGCUGCAGGCAGCCACGGAGUCUCAGGGAUCUUUAUGAAAUAUGAUAUCAGCUCACUAAUGGUCAAAGUCACUGAGCAGCACAUGCCUCUGUGGCAGUUCCUCGUCAGACUCUGCGGCAUCAUCGGAGGCAUUUUCUCCACCACAGGUAUGAUCCACGGCUUGGUGGGAUUCUUGGUUGAUGUAGUUUGCUGUCGUUUCCAAAUGGGAAUCUACAAACCUAAGGAUGACCUGCCAGCGCAGGAAAACAGUGAAACUCAGCUUCCUGCUGAAAACUACACUGAGUAACAGCAGAUGCUCACAAUCUUGGCCUUACCCACACACAGCAAUGACAUGCUGGGGAGAUGUUUACAAGUUUUAUUAUAAAAUGUUCCCUUUUUUGUUAAAAAUGUGUAUUUGUAUCUGUUUUAACUGUGUAAUUCCACAAACCAGAAGCAGUGAUUCAUCUACUUAUGAAAGACUGUAGUCAGUACCUCCACUUGUCACGUGUCAGCAUCACUUGGAGAGAUGGAAAGCAGAAAUUCUUAGAUAAAUGUUGUAGAAUUGAUUAGAUUUACUGCAAAGAUACCUGCAGGCCAACACAUUUUCACUUCCCUCUGCUGUGGGGCCCCUUCCUCAUACUUCAGCCUUUUUACAGAAGUGAAUGUUAUACUUAAACCUGUCAGGGACAUGGAACAACUUCUCAGUGCCCCGGUCUAAAAUGCAUCUCAUCACAUGCAAAAAGGGAGAAACGUGUGCACGGGUAUUGGGGUUCUGGGUUUAAAUCCAUCUGCUAACUGAGCUGAGCCUGGAUCUUUUCCCUGUGAUUUCCUCCCAGUGUCCAGGGACAUGCAGGUUUGGUUAAGCAGUGAUUCUAAAUGGGCCGUAGGUGUAUAUGUGAGCGUGAAUGGACGUAACUAUUAGCCCUGCAAUAGCCUGGUGAUCUGUCUGUGGUAUACCCCGCCUAUCACCCGAUGGCAGCUGGGAUUAGCUCCACCAGAGAAGCGUUGAUGGAUGGAUGUGUGUCCCUUUUAAAGUGGAAUUGUGUGAAAAGUAUAAGAGUGUUUGUUGGUGACAUUGGUUAAAUAGGAAACUGAUGUGGGAAAAUAAGUUUUAAGUUCACUGUCUGCAUUUAACUGUGUUGUACAUCCUGCUACAAUCUGACCCGUCUAUGGCUGGAAGUGCUGAAAGUCUCAGAGCCAGCGGUGUUGUGAUUGCUGGUUGCUCUUUUAAAUAAACGGCACACACAAUUUAGCAAUAAAAAAAAAAAUGGCUGAAAGUGAUUGUAUAAAAGGCUCUGAGAUUUUAUGUCUUUGCUCUGCAAUAUUGUGUGGGGUGGAGUUGCGGGAAAUGACGUAGGCAUAUCCAUGAUAAGAAUAAAUAGGAAAACAUCAUUUAGUCAAAUAUAAAUGCAGAAAUUUUCUAAAAUGCUCAUCCUGCUACUCCAGGAGGGGAGAUGGUCUUUCCGUGUUAGGUCUGUUUUACCUCAUCAAGCUGUGUUCCUGGUUGCCAUCCUUCACGGUGAUGCUCCGAGUGUUAAGUUCGUGACUGGAAACUGCUGGCAACACUGACCAUCUAGGUGGCAAUAAAACAGCUGGCGGUGACAAUCCAGCAAAGUGGAA